AUGUGGUGGGUAAGAGUGAUAUGGGCGUUGUUGUUGUCGUUUUGGGUUCUACUCCAACAAAGUAGUAGUAUUGAGGAAGAACAUAGUUGUGGAGCUUCAUCUUGUGGCAAAAUAUCAAACAUAAGUUACCCUUUUCGACAAAAACAUGACCCAAAACAUUGCGGGGACAGCAGGUAUGAGCUAUCAUGUGAGAAUGAUGUAACGACUUUGUAUUUGUGUUCCGGGAAGUAUCAUGUGCAGUCCAUCAACUACCACAAUUUCACAAUCACACUUGUUGAUCCCGGACUUGAACUAAAUUAUUGCUCUUCCCUUCCUAUCAAUUUCUUGUCUCGAUUUUAUUUCUUUGAUGAUGUUAAUCAAGACAACACAUAUUGCACUGAUCCAUACCAAGCAACACUAAACAAUUAUGGUAAUGAUGAUGAUCUUCUUUUUGAACAUAUAGUUUACUUGAAUUGUAGCCAUCAAGUGACAAACAAUCACAAGUACGUUGAUACAUCUUCCUGCAUCAAUUCGCACUCCAUAAAAGGCCAUAGUUAUAUUUAUGCCAUGGCUGGUGAUUUAAUUGCUAAAGAUUUUCAAGUUGGUUGUCAAGUGAAGUUAGUGGCUCCAACUUCAGGGUUCGGUUUGCAGAGAAAUCAAUUGCUUCCCUAUCAUGUCAUGCACAACGCCUUGGCCUAUGGCUUUAUGGUUUCCUGGGUGAAUCUUGUCUGUAAAACAACUUGCGGACAAUCAAGCCUUGCCACAUUGAAUUUUACACUAAAGUUAAUCCUCAUCUACCAAUUGCGAUAG